CACCUUUUGUUUAAAUUUCUACCAUUGUCUUUAGCUUGAAAGGGUUUCAGAUGAACGGGCUUUCGUUUUCGGAGAUUUGUUGUCUGUUUUGCUGUCCGCCUUGCCCGGGAAAAAUCGCUGCGAAGUUAGCCUUUCUUCCUCCGGAGCCGACAUAUUCGCUUCAAGAUUUGGGCGAUGGAACUUUCGGGCUUCAUCUCACAGAGAAAGCCGAGUGGCAGUACGGCCAGAAGGAGCUAGACUGCAUCGAGGUUUUCACAGCGAAAACAAGCAAAGGGAAUCAGAUUGGUUGCAUGUACGUGAGAUGCUCUCCGAACGCUCGCUUCACCGUACUCUUUAGCCACGGCAACGCCGUAGACCUCGGACAAAUGUCAAGCUUUUACGUUGGUCUCGGAUCGAGGAUUAACUGUAAUAUAUUUUCAUACGAUUAUUCUGGUUACGGUGUUAGUCAAGGAAAGCCUUCAGAAAAGAAUCUUUACGCCGAUAUCGAUGCCGCUUGGCAAGCAUUGCGAACGAGGUACGGAAUCAGCCCAGAGAAUAUAAUUGUGUAUGGCCAAAGUAUAGGCACUGUACCUACGGUAGAUUUGGCUUCGAGAUUUGAAUGUGCAGGAAUCAUUCUUCAUUCACCGCUUACUUCUGGAAUGAGAGUAGCUUUUCCCGAGACGAAGAGGACGUGGUGUUUUGACGCAUUUCCUAGGUAAGAAGUUUACAAAACUCUGAUUAUAGAAUUAGUCUAUCUCAAAUCGCGACUAGUUGAGCGUUGUGAUCAGUAAAUCGUUUAUUUUCGCCCAACAUUUACUCGAAAGACAAAUUUUUUAUCGAAUUGAAUGACAUUUGACGCUUUCUGUUCUUCUAAGGCUCUUUCAAAUGAAGCUCUACUUUUUUCUUAUUUCGUGUCCUUAUUCAGGUGAGACAUUUCAAUUCAUGCAAUGUUAUUGAAAAGUCUCAAUCGAAGUGCUUCCAAUCCACUGUGGAUUAGUAUUUAGUUGGGCAGUGCCGAAAAAUCAAGGAAUUUAUGCUUGUAGUUCGUCCUCUGUGCCAAAGAAAAUAAUCUGUGUAGUUGAAAUUAUUUAUUUUGUUGAAAUUGUAGCCAACACCCGUCGUUUACUUUUUUAAAAAAACACAUUAGUUACAUUGUCAUUUACAAAAGAAAAUAGAAAUAAAUCAACACUUGGAUAGUUGUAAAGACCUGUUUCUCUGAAGGGCAACUGAAAAUUGUGGUGAUUGAAGUGAAAUUGAACUUCAAGGGGAAGGAAAAGCAACACCUUAGAAAGAUUACGAUAAUAUAUUGGUUGCUUCGUUUCAAUUUCGCAAUUUUUUCAAAACUUGAAACAGGUUCUGUUACAUUAGUAAUAACUGAUAUAGCUGUUGUAUCAGUGAAAUUUUUGAUUUUAUUAAAGAGAAGGUCAAGGGCGCAGUGAGCAUUAAUACAUGUUGAAUAAUUUGAUUUAAAAAUAAACACUUUUUGAAACACUAACUCCUAUUGCCAAGGUAAUACAUUUUAAUACAGCUUUAAGAAAAUUCAGGCUUUCAAUCAAGAAUUGGAAAUUGCUUUGCAUACUGUUCAUACAAAAUUAUAUUUCUCAAAUUAUUGUUUGAGAAGGCCACAGCCUGUUAGAUUAUAUUUAGUCUGAAUAAAGUAUUAGUAAGUGAAGUACCCAACACAUAAUUUUUUACAGCCACUCAUCUAAGUAUGAACCCUGUGAAAUGGAGGUUGAAUUUUUAAUGGAUGGUUGGAUGAGAAAAGAAAAAAAAACCUAGGCCUACUAUGAUGUUUAACUUAUCUAUGUGUUACAAUUUGAGGUACCUCAUCUAAAAAUUCAGUUUUACAAUUUGUUUUAUCUUUUGGCCAGCAGAUCAAGGAGAAUUAUUAAUUGUUUGAAAAUAGUUUCAAGGUAUUAAUUUUAACUCACAGAGAAACUGAUUAAGCAGCAUGUUAGUGUAAACAUUAUCCAUGCUCAAUGUGCUAUGGAAUUAAACAGUACCUCUUCAAAAUUUUUAAUUGUUGACUGUUAAAAAAAGCAAUUUAAAAGUUAGCAAACAAUUUGACAAGAAAUUAGCUGUCUUGUUAUUGCUGGCAAAUUUUAACAAUCAUUGUAAUCUCAAUACGUUUGUUUUCAUAAAGCUGUAGUAAGUCUUGUUUCAUCUUUUGGUAGAUAGUAACAUCAAUUGAAUUUCAAAUAUUAAAUCUACUCUUUGUGAGCCCAAAUUUAUAUUUUCCAGAUAUCUUAUCUGUUAUUGGUUUAAAAAGAGGUUUUGUUAAUGUUUUACUUUGAGAGUGAGCUUUCCUUGACACCAAAACUUAACAUAUAUUAUCUUUGUCACUAGACAUAAUAAUGUAGCUUUUUUAUUUGAAUACUAUUUUCUUGGAAUAAAACUGUAUGCCAUUUGAUUUGCUUUGUUUUUUACCUUAAAGGGCUACACCAUAUCUUUGCCAUUUGAUGUACUGGUUACAUGCAAACAAACAUGUAUAUACAGUGGUCAUUUCUUUUUCAGUCACACAUCCAAUAUUUCUUUAAUAUUGUUAUUGCUGAUUAAUUUUAUUGCUAUUUUGUUGCAUGGCAAUAUCAGUAUUCAGAGCAAACAAUGUACAAUAUUAUUACAUCAUAUGCAAUCAUGUGAAUGUGAGACACAUGUUUUUUUCUUAUAGCACAAAUAUCUAAAAGAACAAUUGUGUUUCGUUACAAUAGUUAGUUGGGAUAAAAAUGUAUACAAUCUUUUUGUUAUUGAAGCAUAGCUUGGGGGAAAAUGUGCUUAGUAGCUUCUUUGUUUUGCUUUAAGAUAAAGAUUUUGGCCACAUUUUGUUAAUUACAAAGUUUGCAUACCAGCCCUUGUUGUUUUUGUUUAUUGUUUUCCUCUUGGAAAGAGUGGCUCUGUGGAGUGUCUUACUUUUUUGUGGCGUUCCCAGCAUUAACAAAUAUUUGAAAUGGUGCUUUUGUAGUGUUUGAAUGUGGACUCAAGUGAACUUGUCAUUAAUAAGGUUUUAUUUUCCUUUUGCAGUAUUGAAAAGGUCUCCAAAAUUGUUUCACCAGUGUUGGUCAUUCAUGGAACAGAGGAUGAAGUUAUAGAUUUCUCACAUGGCUUAGCUAUCUAUGAGCGAUGUCCGCGGACAGUGGAGCCACUUUGGGUAGAAGGUGCCGGUCACAAUGAUGUGGAAUUGUAUGGUCAAUAUCUGGAGAGGUUGAAACAAUUUAUACAACAUGAGCUGGUGACAAACUGAUGUAUUGAAAGACAACAUUUUUCAAGCACUGUGCAGUGUAGUUGUUAUUAGAAUACUGUUAGUAUUACCAAGUUGUUUAGCUUUUUAAUUUGCAUCAUUGAAUGUGUGUGAUCAGGGACAUUCUUUGUAAACUGAGUGUUAGCAAAGACCUUUAAGCCCUGAUACAAUUUAAUGUAGUAAUUCUGUGAUAUACAUGUGCAUGCAUGUCUUCAAGAAUUGUUGAAUGGUGAAAUGCAUUUUUUGUAAUAUUAUUUCUCAUGAUAUGUGAGGAAAACUCAUAAUACAUUUAUUAUAUGGGCUUCAAAGGUUAAUGUUAGUAACUAGUGUAUUGUAUCUAUAAAAACAUAUGUUUAUUGUUCACUAUAAAUCAUAAAAAUUUAUUUUAAAGUUCAGUGAUGCUAUUCCUUUAAUUGACAAGAAGUAUUUUUGUAAAUGGUCUCCAUAUUCAUUUAAAUCUUCGCUGUAAAGAUUACAGUGUGUUUCAAGUUUGUUUUUCCGGUGGUAAUUGUUAGAACCAGAAAUUUAUCCAUCCAUAUUAUUUUCAUUCAAUUUGUUACUGAUUCACUCUUGAAGCAUUAAGUUCAAUGCUCAAUGUCACAUGUAUUUAUAAAUGCAGAAUGUUUCAAUCUGUAAAACUACAUGUAAAUUUAGUUUUUUUGGAACUUUGUUUUGGCAUUGCAAACUUACUUUGAUCAUUUCAAGGAAUUUAACCUGCACAUUUACUGUAAGUAAGGUUUUAUUGUUGCGAAAAUGGGUUAUAGGCAGGAUGAAAUUUUGGAAUGAUCAUUACAAAUAACUUGGUAUAGACUUAAUAGUAGUUAAUGUGUAGUUUAAUAUUUAUAAGGAGUACUUAUCUCUUGAAAGUGGAGGCUCUGUCUGGAAAAUUGUGAUGUUAUUUUCAUGACAUUCAAAAUAACUCUGAGUAUUGAUUUCUCUUUUAGUUCCCAGUGAAUAAUUUGGUAUGAAAUUUGAGGUUUUGGGUUUUUUUUUUUUUUUUUUUGGAUAUUUGAGAUUCAAGUUGGGAAGUAAUUCAAAUUUAAUUGCUCUUUACAAUAAAUGUAAAUCAUGUCAAGAAUAAUGUCUUAAUUUCUAAGAAGUUGAGUUAAGAAGAUGAGUAAAUAAGUCAAAAAUAUUAGACACACUUGUCACUC